AUGGGGGCCUCCUUCUCGAACCUCACCGACGCCGCAUGCGCCGUGCACCAGUUUAAGAUCAACGGCUACUCGGCCACCAAAUCCAUGGCGAGGACGGACACGCUCCCAUCCAAGCGGCUGGCCGUGGGCGGGUACGAGUGGGAGGUCCACUACACCCCGAGCCUCGUCGUCGACGGCGGCUACUGGAUUGCGUUCAGGCUCGUCCUCCUCAGCGCGCCGCGCCGGAACGACGUGAAGGCCGCGUUCAGAUGCCGGCUGCUGUAUACUUCCUCCAACUCCUACUACGGUCAUGAACGCGGUGCGUGCGUCAGGGAUUCAAUCGGGAACGUGGAAGGCCAGAUGUCUCAUGCGUUCAAGCGGGCGAAAGAGAGCUCCGGAUGGAUUCCGCUCCGCAAAAGGAAUGAUGUGGAGGCGGCCCGGGUCAUCGAGAACGACUCUUUCACCGCGGAAUGCACCAUCACGGUCGUCACCGAAUUACCGGAGCCUGACACAGCAAAGACUAAUGUCGUCCGGCCCCCAAUUCCGCCAUUGUCGGGCUUGCAUUCCUUGCACCAUGAUCUCGGUGAGCUCUUGAGCAAGGCAACGGGAUUUGAUGUCGUGCUGGUGGUGUCCGGAGAGACCUUCGCAGCGCACAAGGCCAUACUUGCAUCAAGGUCCCCGGUUUUCAUGGCCCAAUUCUUUGGCCCCAUGAAGGAGACGCACUCACAGAGGGUGGAGAUCGUGGACAUGGAGGCACCUAUAUUCGGAGCCAUGCUUCGCUUCAUGUACACCGACAUGGUGCCCGAGCUUGAGCUGCAGGAGGACUGCACCAUCAUCACGCAGCAUCUGCUUGCGGCUGCGGACAGGUACGGACUCGACACGCUCAAAUCGAUGUGUGAGGACAAGCUCUGCGAUGGCACAAGAGUGGAGACGGCAGCGACAACUCUGGCGCUGGCAGAGCAGCACGGUUGCCCGAAGCUCAAGGCCAGGUGUGUUGAGUUCAUCGCUGCAAACCUUGAUGACGUCAUGGCGACAGAGAGUUACAAGCAUCUCAUGACAAGCUCCCCAUUGGUUCUGAAUGACCUCCUGAGAGCUGUGCGUGGAAGAAAGAACUGA